AACAGGUAGACAUUUCAUCUCAGAUAAUCGUGAUUACUGAUGUGGCGGCACACUCAAAUUGGAAAUCCCACACGCACUAUCAUUAUCAUUUUUCCACCAAAACGUGAUUACAUACUAUACGCAUCUUCCUUUAGUCCUAAUCCUUCAAUAAAUGAUAACGAGCCGUGUCUCUUUCGCUUCUUUCUUUGCUUCUCUUUAUUGAGAAAAUUAUUAAUCACCGUGGAUUAUCUUAAAUAUAAGUUGUGGCACGAAACACUAGCUAUAAGCUGUAACUGAAAAGUGUAUAAAAACCGUUACAGACCCCGAGCCACUGGCGCGUCGUACCAAACAGCUUUCUCUCAUUCUCUCUUUCAAUUUCAAUCUUGAUUUUGGAUAUGUGUGUUGUACAAACCCUCUGUUCACCGUGCGGUGGUGGAUUGUUCCAGAACAUUGAAUGCGGGACUUCGGCGGAGAAGUUACGAUUUGUUAAGUUUCACUAUGGAAUCAAUGCCGUUGGAUUAGGUCGUUGUCGUAAAAGCCUGUUGAAACCGAUCACGGCGAAGGAUGGCCGUGAAUCGUCUCUUGCCGGUGACGGUAACGGUAACGGUGCUCCUAAGUACAAGGGGAUUUCUGUGAAUACACAGAACUGCGUCAAGAAUGAACCAGAUUCAUCUUUCACUAAUCACUCUGCUGGUAAAAAUGUCUGUGACUUGUCGACAAAUGGGAAUUCGACGAACAUUUUGUGGCAUGAAUGUCCAAUUCAGAAGCUUGAUAGACAGAAAAUACUUCAACAAAAAGGCUGUGUCAUUUGGAUAACUGGUCUCAGUGGUUCAGGAAAAAGUACGAUAGCAUGCGCUUUGAGUCGAAGCUUGCACUCGAGAGGAAAGUUAACUUAUAUCCUUGAUGGUGACAAUGUUCGCCAUGGUCUAAACCGUGAUCUUAGUUUUAGAGCAGAAGAUCGCUCUGAGAACAUUAGAAGGAUUGGUGAAGUAGCAAAACUCUUGGCAGAUGCGGGAGUUAUUUGCAUCACGAGUUUAAUAUCACCAUACCAAAAGGAUCGGGAUGCUUGCAGGGCCCUACUACCCAAAGGAGAUUUUAUUGAGGUUUUCUUAGACGUGCCACUAGCCGUGUGUGAAGCAAGGGACCCAAAGGGGCUAUACAAACUUGCUCGAGCUGGAAUGAUCAAAGGUUUCACAGGGAUAGAUGAUCCAUAUGAACCCCCAUGUGGUUGUGAGAUAGUACUGCAGCAGAUAAAAGGAAGUGACUGCAUGUCUCCAAAUAAUGCAGCCGAAAAAGUAAUAUCCUACUUGGAGAAAAAUGGGUACCUGCGGGCCUGACUGCCUGAAUGGCUUAUUUCUUGUUUUUAUAGGUAUGCUGGGCACAUAUAAAACUGUUUCUCCAAGUAGCAAAGAAAUCAUUGUUCAUUAAGCAUCUAGUUCUAUCCAAGGCACAUACAUCCAUAUUGUAUUUAUGUCUUCAUUAUAUAGAAGACAUCAGUAAGUGGGGUGGAUGUGGAUCAGUGAGGAAGGAGUUGGUCUUGAUUGGUAAUAGAUGUAAGAAAAAUAAAACAAGAAUUAUGUGUAUAUUAUCCUUAUAUCUUUUGGCAAA